CUCACCUGCAACAGAGCUCAGAACUACACCUGACAUACCUCCUUUAGGGCUUGUUUUUCUCCCCUACAGAGACACCAGCGUCCUCCACGACCAUGGCCUUCUGGUUAGAGAUGGGCUUGCUGCUCCUCAGCAUAACAUCCUCAGCGGUCAGAGGGAGAGUGGAAGAGGAGCUGUCUCCAGAGUGCCGGGCAUUCCUCUACAUGGCAACACCACCAUCAGGAGUGGAACAUCACCCGGUCAAGUACAUUUGUCAGCUUUACAACAAGAAGCCUCGCUAUGUGACUCUGUACAACACUGUGGACCAUAUUCCUGUCUACUCGGCGUACACCUUCAAACGCACGGAUGGAGAGAGAUGUGUGGAUGUUCCCUGGAUGUACGAGCCUCAGCUAUCCACAAUUGUUGAAACAGAUGAGAUGCAGCCCUUUCCACGUGGUUACAUGCACAUGAAUUUUGAGGACGCUCAAGCGAUCCUCGAUGAUUACACGAAUGCUAUCCUCUACCAGCGUGGCACCCUCAACCCUGACGAGCAUCAGAAUGAUCUGGACGACAAGGCCUCCACCUACACCCUCACCAACGUUGUCCCCGUGGUCCCCAGCUUCAGCGACAAAAUCUGGAACAAACAAGAGCACGUCAUCCGCAAACGCCUCAACAACUACUGCCUCGGAACGGCGCACAUCGUGACCGGCAUCACCACCACGGGGAACAUGAUCCGCAGGGAAAACAUGAACCGUAUUGCGAUUCCGACCUACUUGUGGUCGGCCUACUGCUGCGUCGACUACGACCACAACGCGCCUUUCCACGAGCGCUACAAGUUCCCUUCUUUUGCACACUACGGACUCAAUCAGGAGGAGAACAACAACGUGGUGGAGAUGUCCGUGCAGAAGCUGAAGGAGUUCCUCAGGAAGACCACGUUUGUGAACGAGAACUUUCAGAUCUUCGUUGGGGAUUGUGUCCCAGCAGGACCCGGUUUAACUAAAUGAGAAAAUGUAGAGAUGUAAAGCGCUAUUGUGCUCUGUGUAAGCAGAUAAACCACAGGCAUCAUUGAUAUCAUUAACAAUAGCUCCCUUCUGUUCAAGUCUCCAAGUUCACCUGUCUGAAAUGACAUUCAGCCAUCACCCCUUUAUUAUCUACACCUGCUGUGCUAACUUGACUGCUGCUAUAUGCCUGCAGACCUUCACAGAAGACUGCGUCACAAUAGAAAAAUCAAGGCUUCAUUUAUAUGUUUUUUUCAGUGGUAGUUCACAUAAGUUUAGAAUUAACCUUAUUCUCUUUUAACUAAUUUUUGUGAGGGGUGCUUAUGUUGGAAAUAAAGCAGUUUUUGUUGUUUUUUUAACUAUUAAGAACUGGCAGAUUACCCAUCUGUCAGAUACAGACCCCACUUGUUUUAGAAAUCCUGCAGAAGGAAUCUUAACACCCAGGACUGUCACUUAGGUAGGAGCACUGGGUGAUAAAAUGGGGAAAAAAUAGGGAUAAAAAAAAUGUAAAAAAUAAAGAAUCUUAACAGAUAAUUAAGUGGCAGUAAACUUCCAUGCUUAACACGAGGACUGUUUCCUGAAUGUCUGCUGUGAAAAACAUCCUUUAUGGUCUUAAAGAGAAUUUCGUCUGAUUACCUUCCCCUGAAGGCCGUGAAACUGACGUGUAUUGCAGUUCAUUCAUUCGUAAUGGAGUUGUGUGUGGAAUUUUGAUAAUUU